UCCAAGACAUUGAUGUUGUUAGCAGCCAGGUAGUCCAUACUAAAACGGACGGUAUGCGGACGUGCAUUAUCCUGUUGGAAGUGCUGAAGUUGUGGGUGCGCUCGAAACAUCGGAACAACAAUUGGUUGCAAGACAUCAUUACGGUCACGCAUUUAUAUUUAUGUAGUUUGGUCACCCGUUGACCAGGCUUUACUAACAAAACGAAAGUUGCAGAUAACGGAACAAUUUUUUAAGCUCAGAUACAGCAGUGGUCUUGUUAAGAAGAACUAUUAAAAAUGAAUUUUGCAUCUAAAUAUGUGUAUAAUGGCAAUCAGGAUGAGUAUGAGUACGUAUCAGAUGAUGAAUAUCAUGCACAGUUAAGUGUCAGUGAUUGUUCGUCAGAUGAAGAAGAACCACAAGUGUCACAAGCAGCUGCUUCUUCUGUCAAACCUGAAAAUGAAAAGCGAAAAUCAUUGUUUGGACGAAUGAGAACUUCACUGAAAUUGAGAAAAAAGACUAAGAAAAAGGAUUUGGAUCAGAAAAAAGAUGUGAACCAGAUAAAAGAUGUCAAGGAAAGACGAAAACAUCAUUGGCAGAGAAGAGGAGAUGAAACUGCUACUGCAAUGGAUCAAAGAAAUGUAUCUUCACAACCAGAAGGAAAAAGACGAUUUAAAAAAGCUGAUACUAAUGUGGUAUCAGUUACAUUAAAUACAUUAAAAGACCCGAGCAAUAUGCACGCUGGUGAUGCUGUGAAAUGUGGAGGUACUGGAUGUAAAGCUAUAAUGUCACAUUUAAGUAAACUGACUGCUGGGAUGUCUGGUAAGGUGUGGGUGUGUGAAUUUUGUGAAUGUAAUAAUGAAGUUGACGUAGAAGAUGGUGAGAUACCAGCUGUAGAAGAUGUGACAUUUUUAUUAGAGGCUGGCUUAUCAACAGAAGCUGCUGGUCCGUCAAGUCAAGAUGAAUCCAUCAUUGUGUUUUGUAUUGAUGUAUCUGGAAGUAUGUGCACAUCAUUCGCGGUACCUGGGCGUGUUCAUUUGAGAGGAUCUCGUAACAGGCCAAGUUUUGAUGGCUCUUUGGAAGAUCAAUAUCUGCCACAUCAAGAUCGUAAUGUUAGCCAUGUUUCUUCGCUACAAGCUGUGCAAGCUGCUGUUGAUAAACAACUAGAAGAUUUAGCUAAAGAUCAUCCUAACAGACGAGUUGCAGUAAUAGCUUUUAAUAAUGAGUUAUUAGUAAUAGGUGAUGGUACAACAACUAAACGAAACAUUCACAACGAUCAAUUGGAUCAUUUCAAGCAAUUAGAAAUGAUUGGUACUGAACUACCUUUACCUAAACCUAUUAAAGGCACGCAACACAAUUUGUCUAAAAAAGUUUUGAAAUUGGAUGCAAGUGGAGGAACAGCCCUGGGACCAUCUAUAGUUGUUGCAUUGGGUUUAGCUUCAAGAUAUGCAGGUUCUAAGAUCAUUUUAUGUACAGAUGGCCUGGCUAAUGUUGGCCUUGGAAAACUCACUUAUGGUAAUUCAGAGGAACAUGAACGAUUUUAUAAUGAUAUUGGAGCAAUGGCUGUGGAGAAAGGUGUAUCAAUAUCAGUGAUUACUAUAAAAGGAGCAGAAACUAAAUUGGUACAACUGGGAAAAUUAGCAGAUUUAACAAAUGGACAGGUAAACCAUGUUGAUCCAUUAAAAUUAACUGAUGAAUUCAGUAAUAUUCUGGCUGAUAGAAUUAUUGCUACAAAUGUUAAAGCUACAUUUAUUCUACAUAAAAACUUAGUGUUUUUAGAAGAAGAUACUAAAGAACAUGUAAUUGUUAAAAAUAUUGGAAAUGCCACGAUGGAAACAGAAAUAACAUUUAAAUAUGGGAAAACAGGUACAUCAGAUGCAUCAGAAAAGAAACAGGAGCAGGAGGAGUGUUCUGAAGGUGCUGUGGCUACCAGUGCUAAUCAACCGUCUACUGACCAAUCAUCAACAGACACCGGUGCAACAUCAGAGAAGUCGUCAACAGACACUGGUGCAACAUCUGAUGCCUCACCGACAGAAUUACCAUUCCAACUUCAACUAGAAUACAUAGAUACAGACGGAACGAAAGCUUUGAGAGUUCUUACACAAAAGAGACCAGUUACUCAAGACAGGGCGUUAGCAGAAGAAUAUUUGAAUUUAGAAGUGUUAGGACCAUAUGCCGCAAAGGCUUGUGCUAACUUAGCUUUAAAAGGGGAGUACAGCCAAUCUCAUGGAAUGGCUCUGAUGAAUCAAAGAUUAGCUUGGAGAAAUACGAGAGAUACUGACAAACAUGGUGAAAGAAAGAAAUAUAAUAAGAUAUUCAGUAAAAUACGCUCUGUUGAUCACCAUGUCACAUCACAUCAAAGGAAUGAAAGAUCAAGAUUUGGUCAUUCCUAUAGUGAUAGUGAAGAUGAUGGAGACCUCCAACAAUGUAGUACUUCCUCCCAUAGGAAAGGCAGGUUUUUUAAAUCUAAAAAGAGACAACAGAGAACUGACGAAUAUACAGAUGAAAUGGCCAAUGAUGUAUACAAUAUAAAACAUAUGAGUUCAAAUGUAUUGUUACUUUAAAAAUUAAUGUUCCUCCAAAACAUCAGAGGAUUAAAGUUGAUGCAGUGAGCUUAUUUAAAGUAUGUAACUAAACAUAUCCAACUUCCAUGAGCCAAUUCUCCCCAUUUCCGAUUAAUGCUAAGAUAAACAUUUUCUGUUGAUUUUCUUCCUGAUAAAGAAAAUACUCUAAAUUGCAUAUUUUGUUGGGAAUUUUUGAAAAUGUUAUGAGUGAGACAUCAGAAAUCUUAUCAACCUCCUACUGAAAAUCAGGGAGCUACCACUGAUGCAUCCUCGGUAUCCCCAGUGGUCUCAUUCCGUUCUAAUCUACUAACCCCUGGGUCCAUCCAUGAGGUAUUCAAAUUAUCUGCCCUUAAACGUAGCUUGAUUCUAUGAACCAAUCAAAAAAUAGUUCGCCUCAUUGUUUACAUUCACAACAAUAUGGCAGCUUGUUCGCUCGAUUACCAGAAACUUUGCAACAAGAUGAGAGUCACUUCACUUUGUCAACUUCCUUUGUAUUUAACCAUUUCUUUUGAUUGGUCAAAAAAAAGAACAAUCAUCCAGGGCAGAUAAUUUGAAUAUGUAUCUCCCCCAUGGAUGAACCCAGGGGUAAUUGGAGUUGAAUGGAAUGAGACCACUGGGGAUACCGAGGAUGCCACUGUUGAUACAAAAAUGUUACUAGGUUGAUACUAUUAAUGUUAUACGGUACUCAAAGGAAUAUUAAAUAGCUGAAUUUAUAGACUUAUUAAAGAGUCAUUAAUCACACUCGCUAAGAAAAUGAAUUUUAUUAAAUUUAUACAAUAUUAUAUUCAAAAUAACCUCUGACUGUCCUAAUUGUCAAAUAUCUAAUAACUGAAGUAACGUAUUUUCACAAACAUUUGAUAAACUCAUUUCAAACAAAUACAAAUCUCAACGUUAAAAAAUUGAAAGGUAGAACAUGUAUAUCUCAAAUAUAUUUGCCCUACUUUUUGCAUAUCUGAACAUUUCUGAUGUACAUGUACUUGUGUAGUCAAAUCAAAAAUCUUUUCUUUACAAUCUGAUGUAAAUAUCCAUAGGCUUAUUUCAUUUUCAGAUUCAGGAUACAAAAAUUUUAAGUUAUUAUAAAAUGUUUAUCCAAAGCAACAAUGGGGAUUGAAUGUUAGUGGCUCAUAUUAUUAAUUCAGGUAUCAACCACGGUCCACAGGCACCUGUAACAUGGAAAAUAUUUUAAAAAAGUAUAUGUCUAAAGUCAUCUUCGUAAGUGAGAUUAUCAAAUAACGGGUCUGAACCCAAUUUCUAACUCUGGGGCAAAUAACCUCUCUGAAACCAAGUGAACUUUGAUCCCAAUUAUUUAAUUCCAACCUGUUUCUCACCAUGGUAUUAUUAUAUUUAGGGCCUACAGAAAGAGAAUUGGUUUCAGAUAAGUUAUUUGCCCGAGUUAGAAAUUGGAAUCAGACCAGUUAUCUGAUAAUAUUGCUUACGAACAUGGACAUAACAGACUUUAGACAUAUGCUUAGCCAUAGUUUGAUGUUAUUUUUGAAAUAUUUUCCACGUUACAGAUGUCUGUGGUAUCAACUGGUAUUGAGAAGCUCAACUAUCUGCAAUUUUUUUUUUUUAAAUUUGUUACCCAAAAAGGUCAUUUUCUGAAAACAUUGAAUUAAGUUAUAUUCCAUUCAACAUUACCGGUAUUUUAUAUUCUUCACUCUUCCCAUUUCAUGUAUACUAAAUGUUGAGUUGUCUUUUGUCAUUUAUAUAUUAUGUCACAUUGUCUGUCUUCGUUUAUAUAUCAUAUAAGUAUAAACUGUUCAUCAUCAAAUUCUACAUGUGUACUUAAAUGGGCAUUAUGUAACAUUAGACAAAGUGCUGACCGAUCUCGCUAUAAGAAUUGAAAAUAGAUAAUGGAAAGGAGUGUAGCCUCGAUUGUUAUUGCUACUGUUGUUAAGAUAAUAAACAAAGUUUUAAUUAUCCAUUUUUAUACGCCCACAUUGUAAUGCGGUCGUAUAUUGUUGUCGCCCGCGUCCGUCCGUCCGGCCGGCGGUCCGGCGUCCUUAAUUGCUUGAGGACGCUCUAGAGGCCAAAGUUAAUAUCCGAUUGACUUUAAAUUUAUACACAGUGUUUAAGGUCAUGAGACGAAGAAGCCUAUUGAUUUUCAGCGAUUUCCAAUAAUUACUGCCAGAGUUAUGGCCCUUGAUCACUUCAAAAAAUCUUGUGGAUGCUCUAGAGGCGAAAGUUAAUAUCCGAUUGACUUUAAAUUUAUACACAGUGUUUAAGGUCAUGAGACGAAAAAGCCUAUUGAUUUUCAGCUAUUUCCGAUAAUUACUGCCAGAGUUAUGGCCCUUGAUCACUUCAAAAAACCUUGUGGAUGCUCUAAAGGCUAAAGUUAAUAUCUGAUUGACUUUAAAUUUAUACACAAUGUUUGAGGUCACGAGGCGAAGAAUCCUAUUGAUUUUCAAAGAUUUCUGAUAAUUACUGCCAAAGUUAUGGCCCUUGAUCCCUUUGAAAAAUCUUGUGGAUGCUCUAGAGGCCAAAGUUAAUAUCCGAUUGACUGCAGAUUGAUACACAGAGUUUAAGAUCUUGAGACGAACAAGUAUAUUGAUUUUCAAUGAAUUUUUAUGACUUGGAACAGCUAAAUUCAUGAUACAGUAUUAAAAGUUUUGUAUGCAAAACGUUAGCAUGGGGCAGAACUUUAUAAAAACCAAACAAAUUCUAAUGGUUUUCUGAGUUGUUGCUCAUAAUCAGAUUUUAGUGUAUUAUAAAUGUUUCAUUACCGAAAAAAGUAAAAAUAUGCGACAACUCUUGUUGACUGCCCGGAUGAUUUAGCUGCUGUGGGUGUAUGUUUCGUUGCCUGGCAACCUAUCUUUGAAUUAAAUCAUUAAAUGGCCGAACAGUUCUAAUCUGCUUAAAAUCGGAGCCAUCCGAUGGCACCGAGAGUUGAUUAUGGUCUGGAUAAGUUAAUUAAUGUAUAAUUAAUAAUUUAGAUACAUUUCAGGCCUAAAGAAAGACCUGCAAUCAGCAGAUUUAGCUCUUGCAUAAUGUAUGUUUAAAUAAGUGCUAAUUUUAAAUGAAUCUGAUCACAAAACAAAUGAUUAAAAUGUCCUGACAUUUAUGAAAGGAAAUGAUAUUUUAGGUCAAGUCCAGACAAUAUUAAGUCAAUAUGAGUUACUGUUUAAAUUAACAGUAGUGCAAACAUAAUUUUUCAAAUUUGAGUAGAUUUUCAUGGUUAAUAAUAAUCUUUUUGUCACCUUUAUAAAAUAUAUAAACAUAUUAACUUUAUGAAAUCAACCAUUUUUCACAAAUAAAUGAUCAUAAGAUGGAAAUAUAUAGAUUUGAAUAUAAUAAACAGAAUAUAUAUGAUAUCUAGUUUAAAAUUUUAAAUAACUUGGUCUUUUGAACUGCUGAAAAUUAUAUUUGAUACUUUGUACUAAACUACUGUACCUAUAAUAAACAAUUAUUAUACCUGUGUAUAAAAUAUUUGAUAAAUAGAACACUAUAUUUUACUAAAUUUUUUAUUAACAAAUAUUUGAUAAAUAGACUGCUUAAAGAUGCAUUAUGUAAGAUUUAGAUAAAGAGCUGGUUGUUCUUGCUAUAAUAGUUCAAAAAUAAAUAAUGAAAAAUGAAUACAUUGAAUAUUUCAGUUAAAUUACCCAUUCCUGAGUGCAGUUAUCACAAUUCAGUACAUUGAAAAUCGCAACAAUCUGAUGGUCUAGAGCGUUAAUUAUGUUCUUGUCAUGUGAAUAUAUGUCUAAUUAAUAAUUUACAUACCAAUUGAGGCCAAAAGAAAAACCUGCUGUUACAUAAUGUUUCUUUAAGCAGCAUUUAGCAAUUGACUGUACAGAACAUCAGAUACUUGGAUGUUGAUAAAGAUAUAAAGCCUGGUUGUUUCGUAUCUUUAUCAACAUCACAUGAAAUAAAUAUACAAGUAACUUAUAUUCUAUAUAAGUUUUUCAUGUUUUACUGAUAACUAGAAGGAUGUUUUGUACUCAAGUAUCUUUUAUAAACAAUUAUCAAACCGGUGCACAAAAUAUUUUUUACUUUUGACCUUAUUGCCUGAAAUGAUAAUGGAAUAAUGGCCCACUUUAAGUUUUGUAUCAAACAAACCCCACCAACAUAAGUUCAGACUGGUUCAUAUCUAAAGAUGAUAUAAUGUCACAUUCAACACAUACAUUCUGGGAACACUGGCAAAUUUUCGUUUACUUACUUUCCUGUGGAUGUGUUACACAAAAGCAAUUGUAUUUACAUUUUACGGGAAUUGAAAAUAUUUGGAGUGAUAUAAAUUAAAUAAUAUAGCCCUUUUAUAUCUAAUUUCAUCAAAUUGCAGUGUCUUCAAAUUGUAGUGUACUUUAGUAUCAGAUCUGCAAGUGAUUUUGUUUGUAAUUAAGAAUUAUUAUAAUAAACUUAAGUGGGCCAUCAAAUGUGAUAAAAUUUAGUUUUUGUUGGGUUUUUUUUUAUAAAUUUAUCUUGUAUUUGAAAACAAAAUUGUUAGCAAUAGAUUUUAUGUACAGUCAGGUCUAAAUAUUAAGGCCAACUGCAGAUUUAGACCUAACCUUUUACAUACUUUAUUAUGAUUGUUACUUGAUGAUUUUAUAUGUGAAUAAUGCAAGUAUAAUUUUUUAUUCUUUUAAAAGUGCUAAUUUUAUUGUUUUUGUUUACACAGUCAAACACUUGGUUUGUCAUUUAAUACUUUAUUAUAGUUUACAUAAUAUAAUACAUUGUUUAUAUUUAUAUAAUCAAAUACUUUGUUAUAGUUUAUAUAGCAGAUGUUAAUAUUUAUAUAAUCUAAUACAUUGUUUAUAUUCAUCUAAUACUGUGUUAUGGUUUAUAUAAUCUUAAUACUAUUGUUUACUUAAUCUAUAAACAUAUUGUUUAUAUAACCUAGAGCAAUGUUAUUGUUUAUAUAUUUUAGUAAAGUUGUUAUAAAAGAUUACCACUCUGUUAUUAUCUAUAUAAUGUAAUAGUUUAUAUAAACUAAUAAUAUUGUUACUGUUUACAUAAUGUGAUACUUUGUAUUGUUUAUAUAAGCUAGAACAUUGUAAUUGUUUAUAUAUUUUAGUACAGUUGUUAUUGUUUAGGUAAGGUUAACACUCUGUUAUUUUCGUGCUUAUAUGAUUGUAAUAUUUUUUUUAGUGUUUGUGUAAUCAAAUAUUUUAUUGUUUACAUAAACUUAAUACUAAUGUUAUUAUUUAUUUAAUCUAAUACUUUUUAAUUAUUUAUAUAAUCAUAAUCCAUAUUAUCCAUAUUAUAAAUAUUUUUAUGGAAUUUGCUAAAAAGCUGUAACGUCUUGCCUCGCAAGAGUGAUGUGAUGCCAAGUGAAUGUAUUUUUUCUUGAAUUUUUUAUUUUUUAAAAAUUCAUCAAAGCA